GUCUUACGAGAUCCCUCCCCUUUCCACGUCGAUUGUAGGCCGCUGCCGAUACCGUCAGUCGCCAAAAUGCCUCAGGAUAUGCCCCCAGCCGGGGGCUACCGGCAAGUGCAGUACAAGCGCAACAUUCCCGCUCGCGGCUUCCGACCCAUCACUUAUCUCGUUGGCAUGCACCUAUUCAUGGCCUACGGUUACUACAAGCUCUUCUACGGUAUCCGAGAACAAAACGAACUCGCCCGUGAGAAGAUCUGGGGCCGUCUACACAUCCUUCCCCUCCUCCAGGCUGAGGAAGACCGCGACCAGGUCCGUCGGUACUACGCUGACAAGGCGCGUGAGCAGCAGCUGUUGGGCUCUGAGACGAAGGUCUACAACUCUGACAGAUUCGUUCGUCCUACAUUUGCGUACACGCCGGCGAAGGCUAUUAACUAAGGGACCGAGAGUCAUGGCACUGGUGUGAGGUUCAGAGUUGUAUUAUGUGAGGACUAGAGAAGGCGCUUCUCGGAGGACACGGACGAUACUGAAUCGUAUGGUAAGGUUGAAGGUUCAGGAAGCAAUGUACACUGUAGAUAUACCGUCUGCAA